AGAAGCCGAUUGGUCUCUGGUUUUCCUUGCCUGUGGCAACUGACAGGCUCAGCCAGCCUCCCAGGCCGGCUGCCUGCUCACCCAGCCAGUCACUUGCUCGCUCGCUGGGCACUGCAGCAGGCUCGGCUCUGUCCCAGCGCUCGCCAGCUCGCCCCGCUGGAAGAAAAGUGUCCUCACCCAGCUGCCCGCCCUCCAGGAGAGAGCCUCCCUGUUCCUUCUUUCUGGAGCUCUCUGAGUCCUUUGGCUGUUUCUUUUUCUUUCUUUUCUUUUUUUUUUUUUUUAAUUUUUUUUUCUUUUUCUUUUUAUAAAAUUUGCACAAUUAUACUGCUAAUCCUGGAUGAGGUUGCUGGAUUCUGCAGCACAAAUCUUCAUGAACAAGCCGCACCGCUCAGAGAUUUCACGGCACUCAGAGGUCACAGAACAGUCACUAUGGUUAAAUGUCUUGUUUAAUGGUUGAGAGGUGUGGCGAAGUCUUGUUUGAGAAUCCUGAACAGAAUGUCAAAUGUGUUUGCAUGCUAGCUGCUUCGUCUCCUCCUCCUCUUCCAAUGGCCGGCCAAGGAGAUGUACGACUAAGGGGUCAGACGGGGGCUCCUGCCGAACGCCGCGGCUCCUACCCGUUCAUUGACUUUCGGCUACUUAACAAUACCACACACUCGGGGGAAAUCGGCACCAAGAAAAAGGUGAAAAGACUGUUAAGCUUCCAGAGAUACUUCCAUGCCUCUCGACUUCUCCAAGGGAUUGUGCCGCAGGACCCCCUUCACCUUCUGGAUGAAGACUACCUUGGACAAGCAAGGUAUAUGCUCUCCAAAGUUGGAACGUGGGACUUUGACAUCUUCUUGUUUGAUCGCUUGACAAAUGGGAACAGUCUGGUAACUCUGCUGUGUCACCUCUUCAACGCCCAUGGGCUCAUUCACCAUUUCAAGCUUGAUAUGGUGACCUUGCACAGGUUUUUGGUUAUGGUUCAGGAAGAUUACCAUGGUUACAACCCAUACCACAAUGCUGUCCACGCGGCCGACGUCACCCAGGCCAUGCACUGUUACCUGAAGGAGCCAAAGCUGGCGAGCUUCCUGACACCUCUGGACAUCAUGCUUGGACUUCUGGCUGCCGCAGCUCAUGAUGUGGACCACCCUGGGGUGAACCAGCCAUUUUUGAUCAAAACUAACCACCAUCUUGCCAACCUGUAUCAGAACAUGUCUGUGCUGGAGAAUCACCACUGGCGAUCUACAAUCGGCAUGCUUCGAGAAUCGCGACUCCUUGCUCACUUGCCGAAGGAAAUGACACAGGAUAUCGAACAGCAGCUGGGCUCCCUGAUCUUGGCCACGGACAUCAACAGACAGAACGAGUUCCUGGCCCGCUUGAAAGCUCACCUCCACAAUAAGGAUUUGAGACUAGAGAAUGUACAGGACCGGCACUUCGUGCUUCAGAUCGCCUUGAAGUGUGCGGACAUUUGCAAUCCUUGUCGAAUCUGGGAGAUAAGCAAGCAGUGGAGUGAGAGGGUCUGCGAAGAAUUCUACAGACAAGGUGACCUUGAACAGCAGUUUGAACUGGAAAUCAGUCCUCUCUGUAACCAACAGGAAGAUUCAAUUCCUAGCAUACAAAUUGGUUUCAUGACUUACAUCGUGGAGCCGCUGUUCCGGGAGUGGGCCCGCUUCACUGGGAACAGCGCCCUGUCGGAGAGCAUGCUAAGACAUCUCGCGCACAACAAGGCCCAGUGGAAGAGCCUGCUGUCCAAUCAGCACAGACGCCGGAGCAGCGACCAGGACCCGGCGGACCCCACACCCGAGACCCUGGAGCAGAUGGAAGGUGCCACGCCCUAAAGUAGCGGUCCCCUGGAGCACAGCCAUCUGUCCGUCCGCUGGAGCACGGCCAUCUGUCCGUCCGCUGGAGCACGGCCAUCUGUCCGUCCGCUGGAGCACGGCCAUCUGUCCGUCCACAGGAGCGUGGCCAUCCGUCCGAUUGCCCUCGCAACAAGCCCACCACGCUGGGUUUCGAUGCCACCCGCCUGCCACUUCCUGCCUCCCUUCGUUGAUCCAAGUGUACAAAAGCCAUUGUCACCUCAGCUUUGGCUGCCGAAAUGGGCAGCUCUAUCCUGUCCUUGGAGCUGAUUCCGGGGCGGCUGCCCCCCUAACUAAAAAGACUGGAAAUGAGAAAGGGGAGUUUCUGCCUUGUCUGCCUCCGGCCCUUGGUCGCGCCGACUGGCAGUGGCUCCGAAGUCCAGAGCAUUUUAGAGGUCGCCAUCAUCGGACAGCUGACCUGCAUGACACCAGCAUACUUGGAACUGCAAGAUCGGUCUUACGUGCCAGAGCACAAGCGAGAGUGUGAGAGAAAGUACCUUCUAUUUUAAUAAUAAUUAUUACUAUAAAAAUAAUAAAUCUUUUAACUUUUUUAUUUCAUGCACCAGAUGAUGGGUCUAAAACUUUGGAUUAAGAAUACUCCGCAUACCCAGCCCUAAGAAGGGGUUCAUUGUUUGCUAUUGACUCUACGCCACGUUGGGGUCAGAGAUGUGGCGCCGUUGCGAUUUAUGAAACCGUGCAUCCCCUCCCAUCUGGUGGAAGGUGCUGUACAGCUCACCCCGUUGCACCGUUAGCCAGUCUGUCUUUUACGAAUUCAGUGACCUGUUUAUAUUCACAAGUGUACAGUUUCUGUAAAUACCAAACGCUACUGAUUCCCAUGCCAAAAUACACGAGUAUUGUGGGAUUGCUACCUGUAUAAACAAUGGCACUGUGAACAGAGAAUACUGUUAGUUUUAAUACAAGAGAAUGCAUUUGUAAAUAUGGUAUAGAGUUUAUUAAUAUACUGUUGUUCACAGAUAAAGGCCUUAAACUUUAAACAUUUUUUUCCUCUUCCCAAAGCUGCCCAACCUAAAUCCUUACAGAUGUCUUUCUGAACUGCCUGCCUGCCCAGUGACCAUCUCUGCUUUUCUGCUAGGGUCACAAACCAAAACUGAGGACCAUCUUGAAGGAAACAUUUUUUUUUGGAAACUUCUCAUGCAUUGAGACCAUAGUUUUCAGUCUACGGCACUAAGUAUGGCUGGCUUCCUCAGAUUAAUGAUUCCCUUCCAACAAGAUGGGAAUCACUUGCCAGCACAGCAAUGUUGCACACAGUUUUAACAAACUGCCUGAUAAGCUUGUGCUUAUGUGACUUCUGUUGUGGAGCACGGGGUACAUCAGCCUCACGGAAGACAUAGCAGGUCUCAAAAGCCUUGUGUGACCCUGUCGCCUAACCGUCAGGGAACUCCCUGUCCCCAUGCCACACAUUUGUCUGAUAUGGCUACAGUACCAAAGUCCCUUUGGCCCGUGGUUGGUUGGUGUGCGUUUCUUUGGUGUUGAUAGUAACUGGAUUAUUUCCUUUUUUUUUUUCUAUAGUUCCAUGUGAACAACUGCUCAACUGUUUAGCCGAAUUUAAUAUUAUUUAAGUAAGGAGCUAUUUCCGUUUUAUAAGAGACUUUAGCUUCCUAGCAGGUCAGUGUGGUUCUAAUAGCUACAGCUAGCCAACUCGGCUUGGAAUUGUUGCCAUCCGUCUGCCAUACUUGACUGUAAAAUCCAGCGCGUAUGGCAUCCCUACCCAGCUGAACUAUGCAUCGAGCCUUUUCUUUAUGAGUUCUAGCGUAAUUAAUGUUAUAUGGAAACUGCCAAUGCUCCUUUCUCUUUACCUUAAGUAGUGGGCAAGGGGGCAUUCUGCCAUGAUCUGCCUCGGAUCAAGCUGAUAGCAAUAGCUUGCUCUUACUUCCUGAGUGCAACUAAGAUGGGGCUCUAAUGUGUUUCUCCUAAUAACGCAAGCAAAAUGCUAAAACCUUGCCUGGCCUGGAGGAUGUUCCUACAGAGAGAUUGGGGCUUGCAGAGUUAAGGUUGUGGAGGGAACUGGAAAGUUGGUUAUAUUUUCACUAGUGUAAGCAAGGUUGUCAGAUGGAACUAAAGAGAGUCUGAGGAAUUUGUGGAGUGGGUGGAUGGCGCUGACGUCAUGGAUAAGGGUGAGAAGGGGGGUAGUGGACAGGGCACUAACAUCUGUUUUCUGAAGCAGCUAUAGGCUAACGUAUAUGUCUUCACUGCUACGGCAUUCUGAAGCUCUGAGCUUACGCAAGGCCUCACCUGAGAAUGCAGCGAAGAUUCCUGCUUCAAAACCUCUCUCGGAUUGUAGCCAUCUGCUUUUAUGCAUCUGAGAUCAAAGCAAGAAGAUAGAUCAGUUGCUCAAGAUGUCAAAAUAGAAACACUCAAGAAAACAUUGUUUUUAGCCAAUGGAGUUUCUACCUGGAGUUUAGGAAGUAGAUUUUGCUUAAGUCAUAAUUAUAUUGUAAUUGACUUAGGACAGGGCAUUCUUGGUAGUUCCAGGUUUACAGGGGAAAGGUUUUCAUCAUGUUGUAAUUGAGUCUUAAAGAGGAGUCAAGAAGUUAAAACUACCAAACAUCUCAUGGUUAAAACACAAGAAUAAUACAAAUCAGAAGUAAAGUGGAACCUGAUUCCUGAGGUAGGAAUCUGCAUUUUUCUACUGUCUGGAAAUUUCUCCAGCUCCUCAUUUGUUGAGAAAAAAAAUUAACUGUGAGAACUGUUUUUGGCCUGCUAAUGGCUCUCUUGGAAUAAUUUAGUACCAGUUAUCCAAUAAGUAGUGGAGACAUGACCUGGGCGUCAAUACAGUUUUAAAGUUUUUAGUCUUAGUCUGCUGGCCCACCUAGCUCAUGGGCCAUUAAUUGAUGACUUUAGAAAGGAAGAAUUCAAAGAACUACUUUCUUAAUAAGACAUCAAGAUCUGAGAGAGAGAGAGAGAGAGAGAGAGAGAGAGAGAGAGAGAGAGAGAGAG